UCUGACGGUCCCCUACGUAAAUAACCGGGAUGGUCGCUCUCGUGGUUCUUCUGUACACAUAUUGUUGUAUGUUUUCUUUGCGACGCGAGAGCUCUCCUUGCGGCUAUACGGUUCUUUCAGUCAUGUACGCGCUUUCUUCAAUUCGCGGAUAAGCAUCGGUCGCAGUCAAUCGUCAACAACAAUUACCUGUCGACAAUCUGACGAGUAUGAAUGAGCAGGUGCGAGAAUAUAAAGACGCAACAACGCAUUCACGUCGUGGUCAGCCGCAUUCUAUUCUGCAAUUUGUACUCCAACGUAAAACGUAAAUUCGGAAGCCAUCAAAUGCAACUCACGAAUUAUUUUAUGAUCGCGCCUACAAAUAUCAACGAAACUGUCCUCAUGUCUAAGAAAACGCACAUAUGCUGGAAUAAUUUCGAUAAGCAACAAAUGGCGAAUACCUACAAAAGCGACAAGCCUACAAAAGUGAACGAAUACGACGUAAAUUCCGAUGGGGCGAAUAACAAGUCGGUAAAUAGCGAUCUAUAUCAAGCAGUGUUCCCAAUCUAUCACCUCAGCAAAUUGUCCGGUGUAUUUCCAACAAGAUUCGUUGGACAAGCAUCUGGUAGAUAUCAAGGCCGUUUGAGUGUCACUGAUAGCGUUUACAGUGUGUGUCUAUUGACAUGUCUAAUCGGCGCCGAGAUUUGGGGUUACUGGCGCGAUUUAAGAGAUGGAUGGGAACACAGUACUCGACUUAAGUCACAAAACGCAGUGAUUGUUACCACCAGCGAUGUAUUGGGUGUAAUGAGUCUCACAGCUUCCUCCAUUAUCGGCUCAAUUCUCCGCUGGAAACAUGUGCAAACUAUCAUCGAUAAAUUAGUCGAUUGCGACGAGAAGCUGGGAAUUGUUUCGCCGAAAAAGAUCCGACGAUACACAAUCCUCUUGACAUUGUGCAGUCUUCUUUAUUCUAUCAUUAUCUCGUGCCUCGAUAUAUACACAUGGCACUAUGAGGUAAAACUGAACAAGAAACUGAACGACAAAGGUCCGAUCAAUUACGUUCCCCUGUAUUUCAUGUAUAUAGUCAUCAUUAUGAUGGAAGUUCAAUACGCCGUUGCUACGUACAACGUGUACCAGAGGUUUUGCAGGCUCAACAAAAAUCUCGAGAAUAUCCUUAAGAGUGGCAGGAUCACAGACCAGUUUAGGAAGGAUCUUGGAUUAGCCGGUGACCUUCGUGAUCAAGGGCAACACGCUACAUAUGUUCGACAAGAUGUGGGAAACGUUCGAAUGUUUCGAAGAUCAAAGAUAAUGGAUUCUUCUAACACAAAUGAUGGUAAAAGUUUCACGGACAGCAUAUCCCAAUUGAUGACAGUGCAUGCGUCGUUAUGUGACACAGUGAUGCUCAUAAAUGCUGCUUAUGGCGUUGUGGCUCUUGUGAUUACAAUCACUUGCCUAAUACAUUUAAUCAUUACACCGUACUUUUUAAUAAUGGAGGCCGAUGGAAGACGUGAACCACUAUUCCUCGCGGUACAAGGAUUAUGGUGCAUCUUUCAUAUCUGGAGGUUACUCAUGAUCGUACAGCCUACGUAUACUGCUACAACACAGGGAAAGAAAACAGCAGUUUUGGUCAGUCAAUUACUGUCGACAAGUCCCGAUAAAGAAAGCAGAAAACAACUAGAGAUAUUUUCACUUCAGCUUCUACAUCGUCCUUUAGAGUUCUCAGCGUGCGGACUUUUCACUCUGGAUCGAACUCUUGUAACUUCAAUCGCUGGUGCCGUUACGACGUAUCUCGUGAUACUCUUACAGUUCCAAAAGCAGGAUGAAGAUAAAGGCAAUUUCGACAAUAUCUUGAAAAAUGCCACACAGAUGCUGAAGAAUGCUUCGACACUUCAUAAUCUCACGGCAGGAAGAUUAGGUUUAAAUUAGGACAAACUCUCUUUUUCGUUCUUGAUUCUGUAAUAAAGCUUUUUACGAAUUAA